AUGAAACUUCUCUUGCUGGUCUCCCUCCUCGUUCCGGCGUCAUACGCCACAACUUUCCCAACAUGCACCAAGCCUGAUGUCGAAACUUUCGGCUCCGAACCCAACAACCCUCUCGUCCAGCAAGGCAACAAAGCGCCCGUCAUCAACGGCAUCGACUUCACAGAAUGGGUUCUCGGCCGCACCGCCCCAAUCCUCACCCCAGCAUCGCCCCCAAACCUCAUAGGCGUCAGCUUCAUCGGCAACCUCCUCUCCGGCAACCCCACAGUCUACCCUCGCGCCUCCUUCUACGCCGUCGAUGCCGUCAAAUCCUUCACCCUCUCGUCCCUCCGCUACGGCUGCUUCAUCACCAGCGCCGUCGGGUCCGGCCUCGCCGCGACGCCUUGCACGGUGAGCGUGUCGGGAUACACGCCCGAUGGAAAGCAGACUUCAGAGGAGACGUUUUCGUAUACGCCGGGGACGUUGCAGAGUCCGCCGAUGGGCAGCAAGGUGUUUGAGGGGUUGAGGGGGUUGGUGAAUGUUACGUUUGAGGUUGUUGGGGCGGGGAUUGUGCCGGUGCCGAUUGUGGUUUUUGCGUUGGAUGAUGUGGCGGUUUGUAGGUAUUAUAAGUAG